AUGGUUUUGAAAUUAAUGGCAGAUUGUGCCAGAUCUACUUCUUUUACAGGAAUUCCAGAUGUGCAUUCUGUUGCUGGUUCCCCUCCUAUACUAAUUUCAGAACCUACCCGAACAAUGAAGUCAUUCCCAAAUUUCCUAACUUCUGAAAAACGCUCAGUAUCAGAUGCCAUAGCUACUACGGGAACUACAGAAACAGCAGGAACUGUGGAAAUUUUAGUAGAAAAUGAAGAUGAGGAAAUAUAUGUGCCAAAACCUGAUUGGAAAGAUUGUGUUCCUAAAAUUUCCCGUGCUUCAGAAUUAUUUUCUCAAUAUUCUAAUCAGUCUAUAACCGAUUUGGUUUCUGGAAAAUCUCCUGCAGAACUCUUUGAGUAUAUCGCUGAAAAAAUAAUAGACAAAGCUGUUAUUGAGAGUAACAGAUAUGCUGGGCAGAAAAAUAAUCAUAAGUUUUCAUUGACAAAACCAGAAUUCAAGCAAUUCUUAGGUACACUUUUUUAUAGUGGCUACCACGUUUUGCCACGUGAAAAAAUGUACUGGGAAAAUGCGCCAGAUACAGGAACUAUACUAAUUAGUCGAGCAAUGCCACGAAGUAGAUAUUUUGAAAUCAAGCGAUACAUUCAAUUCAAUGACAAUAGCACUAUUGAUUCGGACCGCUAUUACAAAGUACGUCCAAUUUAUGAUUUACUGAAUGAUGCUUUGCAACAAUUAGGUGUAUUUUCCGAACAUUUAAACAUUGAUGAAAGAAUGCUGCGCUAUUUCGGUCGACAUGGUUGUGAAAUGUAUAUGAAAGAAAACCAGUAA